UCUACGUAAAGAUAAACUCAAGAUCUUUGAAUCUAUCAAAUAGUUGAAUAAAAAGUUAUCAUGCGAGGAAUGUAACAUUUAGAAAUGUAUAACUAAUUGUCUAGACUAUACAUAUGAUUUUCCUAAUCUAACUAUUUUAUUUAGCCGUUUGGUUGCCUGGUAACUGACACAAAAACCCAAGCCAGAUAAAAACCCGGAAGGCAGACUGUGUUUUUCUUUCAUUGAAUCAACCCAGGCAGUGAUCAAAUCGAGAUGCUCAAAUAACAUUUACAUGGAAACUAAGAGUAGUCUACAUGUGGGCUAUAACACUUCUCUGCCCAGUUUGUGAGUUGGUUCCGGUGGUACUGUCAACAUGAAAUCCAGUGGUGCUGCUAUGUUCACAAGGAAGAAUCCCUUUCCGCCAGACCCACCUCUGGGAAAAACACAUUAUAACCCCUCACGCACCAAGAAGUUAACAAAGCAACAGAGGAAAACCACCCUGAGCCCUGUUCGCCUUGCCCGGCCGUCCAGCCCUCCUCCUCUCCAGACACACUCACUGAGCCCAGAGGACCAGCGCUUCCUUGGGGCAGCCAACCACUUUGUCCUCUGUCCUCCUCCUGCCACAGAGGCCCAGCCUAGUUUCUUAGAGUCCUGGCCCUCCACUGAUCUUGGGUCCUCCCCGGCGAACACUGCCGCCUCCCCGAACACAGACACACUGAUACGGGACCCAACAUCGGGAAAGUCCCUGGUCUCCACUGGGGGAGGAGAGCAGGAAGAUUCAGUGUUGGCAAAGUACAUUGAACGCUUUCGUCACGGAAUGCCACAGAGUCGAGAGGAACGUCAGCAGAUGUCGGCAAUGGUGGGAGAGGGCCAGCAGCCUUUCUGGUGGCUGUCCUCCUCCCCUCUACCCUCCAGUUCUACACCCACUCAAACCACUGACAAAGGCCUUUCCCUUAGAAAAGACUCAGCCACCACCCUCAGUCCAGUUGGGCAGUUUCAGCAUGGCAUUACCUUCUCCCCAUGCAGGGGACUCCUUGAUCUUAGUGCCAUGGGCCUGUCAGACUCCUCUCACGGUGACCUUGGAGACUCAGAGAUACUGCAGCUACAGGAGAAGGCCAGCAGACUGCUACACAGAAGUGAGUACUCACUCAGUAGUGGAUCUAUCCCCAUCAGCUCUGAGGGCCUGGGCUGCUCCAAUUUUUCCUCCCCUGUGAGCAUAGAUGAGCCAGUCCGAAGGCCUAUAAUUACCAGUCUUAUCGACUCAACCACUGUUAUGGGGAACCUAAGAUCAGCAGACCUCUAUGCUGGCACCGUGCCCAAACCAUCCGUAGUUGGUCCCCCUGCCCCCCGUACACGCCCAGAGGAGGACAUCCUGUUUCAGUGGCGUCUGAGGAGGAAGAUGGAGCAGGCCAGUCAGUGUGUCCAGUCACACCCACAGCAGGGUCACACCCUUCAUCAGCACUCUGUCAGCUGGCAGGCUCACAAGGUACAGCGGAAUCCCCUCCCUGCCUAUUCCUCUCAUAGAGUUACCCCCUCCUUCACCCCAGCCCCCCAGGAGACCAGUGCCCCCCAUGGACCGUUCCCCCCUGCAACUGUCCCCUCCCUCCCCAUCUCCAGCCCCACCGUCUCCAAGCUGCAGCCGGAUGCCCCGGUCCCACCCCACAUGCACCUCCUCUGUGACAUCCUGCCCUGCACCUCUCUGCCCCGCUCCCCUCCACCCAGCCACCAGAGGAGCCCAAAGAGGAUGGAGGUCUCUGGGGCCGACUGGACCCUCAGGCAGCCCAAAGCCCAGGUCAGUUCCACAGACACCUCCACUGAGGAGCCCACUAGUAAACACGAGUCCUCUCCACCACCGCCCGCCUUGUCUGAGAUCACGGAGGAAGAGUGGGCAGUUCAACAGAGGACGUCCGAGAGGACAAAAAAGGAGACACUACAGAAGAAGGAGGAGAGGAGUGACAAGCGGAGAGGGCCGUCCUGCAGAAAGAAGAAAUCAGCCAGGCAUCAUGUUGGUGAUGCGGACCAUGCUGAGAGGCCCAGCUAUGCAGAUAGGAGUGUGAGCCAACACAGCACCAGAGGUCCAGACAGGGUCACCCCAUGGAGGGAGGAACCCAGAAGAGACUGGGGGCAACAGGAAAGAGGGCCGGGGGUAGUGAGAGAGGGCCGCCCUGGAGAUCGUGCUCCACCACCCUCUCCCAUACACAGCGCACUGGGACAGGUAGUUUCAGAGGUACUGUUCCUGACCCCGGACUCCCCAGACCCGCCCAGAACCCCUGUGUCCUCUGACUCUCCCAGAUACACCCCCCCUGCGCCCCCACAGUCCCCCGCCCCGCCUCCCAGUGCACAGCAGCCACGGGAGGUCGUAGCUCAGCUGCUGCAGGAUGCUGAAGAUUCAGAUGAGCAGGAGUUCAAAGAUGACCCCUUACUGAAGGUCUUGAGGCAGCAGAGGAAGUGGGUGAAGGAGCAAAUCAGCGAGGUGGACUCACUGUUGGAUGAAUUCCAGGAAGAGUGAUCACUGGUGGCUAGCACACACGGAACAAAAACAACAUUCAAUUCAACAGCAUUUUUUUUUUCAUUUUUGUACAGAAAUAUAUAGUGCAUUUAUUUUUGUUAACAAAUUCUCUUUUUACAAUAAAUAGUUAGAAAAUAUACAACAACCUUACUGUUGGGUUUUGUGAACAUACUUGAUAAUCUCUGAGUGUUAAAACAUUUACACACGAUUUAGAGGGCAUUAGAAAGUACACAAUACAAAUAAACAUUUUCAAUGGUGUUAUAUCAUAUUUACAAUGAAUGGUUCCAUAAAACAUUAAGAUUGAUGAGUUAAAUGGGAUUAUUUAGGACGAUGGAUGCUUUUAAAUUAGGAAUCUGUCCUGUUAAUAUGUACAAAUCUCAGAGAGUGCAAUCUUAAUGGUGUGAUGGCAUGGUUAACAGGUGUUUUGGCGCAGGCAGGCACCAGCUCCUUGGUGAGUGUUUGAUGAUAUGUCUGUUGUAGGAGAGCGUGCCUGUAUUUUUGCCACUAUCCUUAUUUGGUUUGUCAGUCAGUUUCCCAAGCUGUGUCUGUGUGUGUGUGUGUGUGUUGGGUUCCCUUGAGAAAACAUUUUUAAACGUUUUCUCUCCAUGGUGGGUUCCUAUCAGUGUUUCCCUAGCUGUUGUUGUGUGAUCCUUGGCAUGUAAUUAAAGGUGUGUGUGUGAACAUAUAGUUUACCAAGCUACCAAUUACUUCACACUGGAAGAAGUUAAGCUACACUAAAGUUACCCUUAAGAAAAAAUGUGUUUUCUUUAACUAAAGUUAAUUUGAAAAAAUAGUUCACUACAUAGAAAACGACUUUGUGAUGAAUUAUCAUAUUUAAAUCUGAAAGUCAUAGACAACAAAUUGCAAGAACAGAUCUCUUUGGAGUAAGAUGUUAACAGAAUGUGUAAUUUAGCAUAUUAAACACUAAACUGU